UAUCUGGCACAUGAGAUACCUCGACGACGAGUCCCGGGCGCCUGGCCUUGACAAAGUUCACAGUUAGCAGUGCACAGUAACCGAGCGACGCAGUAGAUACUCCUCUGUCUUGGGGUGCUCUUAAAGAGGUUGCAUCCACUUUCCACUUCGAUUUGUUUUUCUUCUAGUGUCGAACUUACAGACGGCAAGAUGAACGUGAAGGUGGUCGUCGAGAAUUUCAUCGCGGGCGUGAUGGUGCCGUGCAAGAGGACCAUGGACUCCUAUGAACCAGGCACGGGGCAGGUUUGGGCCAAGAUUCCCGACUCUGGCAACUUGGAAGUCAAUGCUGCGGUUGCUGCGGCCAAGAGGGCCUUCCCAGAAUGGUCAGGAUUACCCAUUCAAGAACGAGCCAAGCAUCUCCUGAAGGUGGCUGAUUUGCUGGAACAACGACUUGAAGAGUUUGCCGUUGCUGAAUCUCGCGAUCAGGGGAAGCCAGUUUGGCUAGCAAGGGCAAUGGAUAUUCCACGUGCUGUCCUGAACCUAAGACAUUUCGCUCAGACUGUUCCAAAUAAUCUUAAUACAUCAAGUGUAAGGACUGACGCAGGCGUAGUCAACUACACAGUCCGAGAGCCAGUGGGUGUUGCUGGCCUAAUUAGCCCAUGGAACCUUCCCCUUUAUCUCCUGACCUUCAAACUUGCUCCAGCACUCAUAUGCGGCAAUACUGUAGUUGCCAAACCCUCAGAACUUACCUCUGUCACAGCCUAUAUGCUGUGCAAGGUGCUUCAGGAUGCAGACUUCCCAAGUGGAGUUGUCAACAUGGUGUUUGGAACGGGGCCCUCUGCAGGCGAGGCUUUGGUGAGCCAUCCUGACGUCCCUCUCGUGUCUUUCACGGGCUCAACCGCUACAGGGAAGCACAUAGCCCAGGUCGCAGCACCCAUGUUCAAAAAACUGUCAUUGGAGAUGGGUGGGAAAAAUGCAGCUGUAGUUUUCAGUGACUGUGACUUAGAUGCUUGUGUGAACACGCUCAAGAGAUCGUCUUUCAUCAAUCAGGGUCAGGUUUGCCUCUGUACUUCAAGAAUCUUUGUUCAGCGCCCCAUCUAUGAGACAUUCCUAGAAAAGUUUGUGGAUAUAGCCAAGGAAAUCAAGGUCGGCUGCCCCUCCAAUCAAGAGGUUUUCAUGGGGGCCCUUAACUCAAAGCCCCAUUUGGAAAAAGUGAAAAAGUACGUCAAGUAUGCCGUUGAGGAUGGCGGGAAUGUCCUCUGUGGCGAAGGUGUGGACCUGCUUCUUUUACCAGAGGAUAAUAAACAGGGCUAUUUCAUGAGACCAACCAUUAUCACUGGACUGGAUGACAAUUCUCGUUGCAUGCAAGAGGAGAUCUUUGGCCCAGUGACCUGCGUUGUACCCUUUGACACAGAGGAAGAGGUGGUCAAGCGGGCCAACAACUCUGCUUUUGGUCUGUGUGCUUCAGUUUGGACCUCUAAUGUUGGCAUGGCACACCGCAUGGCACAUAAACUAAAGGUUGGCACAGUGUGGACCAAUUGCUGGUUGGUGCGAGACCUCAACAUGCCAUUUGGAGGAAUGAAGGCCAGUGGCAUUGGCAGAGAAGGAACCCAAGAUUCCCUGGAAUUCUAUACCGAAGCAAAAACCAUUUGUACAAAGAUUGCUUGAAAAAUGUCAAUAGAGGUGAUAUUGCUCAAAUUACAGUUGAUGGAUGAUUUUUUCCACAUUCCUUAAUGUGGUAAUUUGCUACACUUUUUUUUCUUUUAUACAGAUAAGUUGUUGGGCCAUACAGUGUUUUGAUUUGUUUAUUGUCUCAAGUAUAAUUUUAUUACUUGUAUUUAGAAAUUAAUUUGUCAAUAUAUAUACUCAUUUUUUUUACUAAUCACAAGAACCCUGUUUGUUAUAUAUUAUUGUAAAAAAAUAUUUUUGAAAAGAAAAAAAAAAUUAUAUCUCAACCAGCCAUUAAAGACUUAUUGUUGUGAAAGCAUUUUGUUGAUCAUUGGUGAAGGAUAUGUAUAUAAUAAAAUGCAUAUGGUG